CUGAUGGUCCCUGUGGAUGUCUUGGAAGAGAAGAACAAGGGAGCCCUGUGGAAGUUUCUGCUCUCAGGAGCCAUGGCUGGGGCAGUGUCUCGCACAGGGACAGCCCCUCUGGAAAGAGCCAGGGUAUACAUGCAGGUGUACUCCUCCAAGAGUAACUUCAGGAACCUGCUGAGCGGCCUGCGGAGCCUGGUCCAGGAGGGAGGCGUCCGCUCGCUCUGGCGGGGCAAUGGCAUCAAUGUGCUCAAGAUCGCCCCGGAAUAUGCCAUUAAGUUCUCUGUGUUUGAGCAGUGUAAGAUGCGAUUCUUCUGCGGUGUGUAUGACUACCCGCCCUUCCAGGAACGGCUGAUCGCAGGCUCCCUGGCGGUGGCCAUCUCCCAGACUUUCAUCAACCCCAUGGAGGUACUCAAGACUCGGCUGACCCUUCGCUUUACCGGCCAAUAUAAAGGACUUCUGGACUGUGCCAUGCAGAUCUUAGAACGGGAUGGCACCCGAGCCCUAUACCGAGGCUAUCUGCCCAACAUGCUGGGCAUCAUUCCCUAUGCUUGCACCGACCUGGCUGUCUAUGAGCUUCUCCGGUGUUUGUGGCAGAAGUCAGGCUGGGACAUGACAGACCCCAGUGGCCUGGUCAGCUUGUCGUCUGUAACACUGUCCUCGACCUGUGGCCAGAUGGCCAGUUACCCGCUGACUUUGGUGCGCACACGGAUGCAGGCACAAGACACUGUGGAGGGCUCUAACCCCACUAUGCUGGGAGUGUUCAGGCAGAUACUGAGCCAACAGGGCUGGCCUGGACUAUACAGAGGCAUGACGCCCACGUUACUGAAGGUGGUGCCAGCAGGCAGUAUCAGCUAUCUGGUGUACGAAGCCAUGAAGAAAACCCUGGGUGUACAAGUCCUGAGCAGAUGA